UCCAGAGGGUAGAGCUGGUUUGAUGCCCGCAGCGCCACAAUGGAGCUCUCUGACUCAGUCACACAUAAGAACGGGCGGCAGAGGAAGCCCGCUGUCCCUCAGGGGGACAUGAGGGACGGGGACAGGGUUCUCAACACUACCCCUGACAUGGAGGUGGAGGGGGAAGCGCUCCACCGAGGAUCCGACGCGGAGAACAACGGACAUCCCAGGGUGCGGCCUGGGAUCAGAGGGGAGCUGGGGAACGUGUCUCUGCUGCUCUUCCUUUAUGUCCUCCAGGGCAUCCCUCUGGGCCUGGCCGGGAGCAUCCCUCUCAUCCUGCAGAGUAAGAACGUCAGCUACAAGGACCAGGCCUUCUUCAGCUUUGUCUUCUGGCCCUUCAGUCUCAAGCUGCUGUGGGCCCCGCUGGUGGACGCGCUCUACCUGAGCCGGUUUGGACGCCGGAAGUCGUGGCUGGUGCCCACCCAAUACCUGCUGGGUCUCUUCAUGCUGUACCUGUCGGUUACCGUGGAUACGCUGCUGAAAAGUGACGAGGGGCGGGGCCCCGACGUGGUGACCCUGACGGCGGUGUUCUUCAUGCUGGCCUUUCUGGCAGCCACCCAGGACAUAGCAGUGGAUGGCUGGGCUCUGACCAUGCUGUCUAGGGAGAACGUGGGCUACGCCUCCACAUGUAACUCUGUGGGACAGACGGCUGGCUACUUCCUAGGCAACGUCCUCUUCCUGGCCCUGGAGUCAGCUGACUUCUGCAACAAAUACCUGAGAGCAGAGCCUAAAGAGACUGGUAUCGUUACACUUUCAGACUUCCUGUUUUUCUGGGGCGUGGUGUUCCUGGUGUCGACCACGCUGGUGGCCGUUAUGAAGAAGGAGAACGCCAGGGGACAGCACGGGAGAAAGAAGGUCCGGGAGGAGACGCAGAGCGUCAUGGAAACGUACAAACUGCUGCUCUCCAUCGUCAAGAUGCCUGCCGUGUUCACCUUCUGUAGCCUGCUGCUCACUGCUAAGAUAGGUUUCUCUGCGGCGGAUGCAGUUACCGGUCUGAAGCUGGUUGAGGCAGGUGUUCCUAAAGAGCAGCUGGCAUUACUGGCAGUCCCCAUGGUUCCACUGCAGAUACUACUACCUCUCAUCAUCAGUAAAUACACUGCAGGACCACGACCACUAGACGUCUUCUACAAGGCCUUUCCCUUCAGGUUGUUGAUAGGCCUGGGGUAUGCUGUGUUGGUGUGGUGGACUCCCAGUUUAAAGCAGGAAGGGGGAUUCCCUCUCUACUACUACACUAUAGUCCUGUUCAGCUACGCACUGCAUCAGGUGGCGCUGUACAGCAUGUAUGUGGCCUGUAUGGCUUUCCAUGCUAAAGUGAGUGACCCAGUGAUCGGUGGGACCUACAUGACCCUGCUGAACACGGUCACCAACCUAGGGGGCAAUUGGCCCUCCACCCUGGCAUUGUGGAUGGUCGACCCACUUACCUCUAAGGAGUGUCAGGGAGCCACCGGACAGAGCUGUGGCUCCUCAGAGGAGGCUGGGCUGUGUGUAAAGGAGGGCGGUGUGUGUGUGACGUCGUUGGAUGGUUACUAUGUGGAGUCGGUGGUGUGUGUGUUGAUAGGACUAACGUGGUGGGUGUGGCUAGGGAAGAGGAUGAGAAGGCUACAGGACCAGAGCCCUGCAGCUUGGAGGUGCAGGAUCGGCCAAUGACAACGUUCACCCAGCUCCUGACCUGCACAACCCCUUUCCUGACUCCAGCAAGGCCAAUCGCCAGACAGCUACAGUCUGAUAUAAAAGCUUCCUCUCUUAUCUUUUCCUCUCGCUCACUUUCAGUUGGUCUAUGUUGGUCUUUCUCAGUCCCUCACUGUCCCUCUCAGUCCCUCUCUGAUGACUUUUAUCCGUCUCCCUUCUUCCCAACCUUCUCUGAUGACUCUUAUCAGUCUCCCUUCUUCCCAACCUUCUCUGAUGAUUCUUAUCCGUCUCCCUUCUUCCCACCCUUCUCUGAUGACUCUUAUCCGUCUCCCUUCUUCCCACCCUUCUCUGAUGACUUUUAUCCGUCUCCCUUCUUCCCACCCUUCUCUGAUGACUCUUAUCAGUCUCCCUUCUUCCCAACCUUCUCUGAUGACUUUUAUCCGUCUCCCUUCUUCCCAACCUUCUCUGAUGACUCUUAUCCAUCUCCAUUCUUCCCACCCUUCUCUUUCUCUGCCAGGUGUUUGUACAUUGUCCUUCAGCACUUAUUUCUUUGAAAUACCUGUAGCUGUGGUCUGGCUACCACAUGACUAUGGACCAUAACAGUCAAUAACAACAGUCCACUUCCUGCUUGUACCAUCACGUCUUCACCAGGACUUCUGCCGCUUCAACUACUUUAUGUCCCAUUGGAAAGAAAACAAAGAAGGAACUAUUGUUCUUGCUAGGGAAUAUUUACAGUAGACAUUUACUCUGGGAAAUCGAUGAUCCUUCUUCUCGUACCACAUUCUCGGUAUCUUAAACUAUUUCAUUAGACUUGUCACUUGUUGUUAUUUGUGCCUUUGCUAGGUUCUUCAGACUGUCAUUAUAAAGUUGGCUGAUAUUUGAAAGUACUUUAAUAAUCAAUGGUCAUCAAAAAGCACAAGCACAUUAAAUGUUGAGAUGUCGGCCUGCUUGAUUAACAGGUCGGAUGUGUCUGUAGCAUGGAGUCAGAAAUGCCAACUGUAUUGUUGAUGGGAACCCAUAGCCCCUUCGUCAGAAAUGCCAACUGUAUUGUUGAUGGGAACCCAUAGCCCCUUCGUCAGAAAUGCCAACUGUAUUGUUGAUGGGAACCCAUAGCCCCUUCGUCAGAAAUGCCAACUGUAUUGUUGAUGGGAACCCAUAGCCCCUUCGUCAGAAAUGCCUAAACUAUAACAGUACUGUUUUAAUAGAUGUCUGUCAUUUUGGGGGAUUACAACAGUUUUUUCUCUAAACCAGCAAUGAGAGGUCAGAGGUUGUGUGAAAAGGGACCAGUCUGGAUCUGGGAUCACUUAUAAUGGUUCUGUUUGGAUUUGUGUGAUAGAAAUGAUCAUUUUUCUGUGUAUUUGUUGAAAUGAACAAGAGUUUUUUUUGUGUGUGGGGGGGGGGGGGUCUCUGCUGUGUUCCACAUCAGGCUGCACAAAAAAAAAAAACAUUUAAAUUGAUCCAUGUGUGGAAACCUGAUCAUUCA